CAGGUGCGGCGAGUAGAUUCGCAGAUAGACCGUCUACAGCUUAAUGCGCCACCACCAGUCGGACCCAUUAACAUUACUGGCGACGACCAACACUUCCCGUCAGACCGAGCCGAGCACCUGCAAUCACUGGUCAAAUCAUUCUCCAUAACCCCUUCCUCGCGCAACCCUCUACUCUCUGCAUCCCAGAUCCACCACUACCUCACUCGCGCCCAAAUUUCGCUGCCAGACGAAGGAGAGGAUCUGUCAGUGCAAAAGCAUGAUGGUGAAUACGAGCAAGAGUUGGCGUGGUUGCUGGUCGCAAAGGCCACUGUCCAGGUUUAUGGCUUGAUACUGUCGCGUCUGCUGGAUGAGACUGUCGCCCUUGCAGACGAUGUCUGGUACUGGGACCAGGUGCUGGCCAGUCAACAAGCGACCGCGCUGUACAGCAUACAAACCGCUCCUUUGCGUCUUGCCGAGUGGAGCAACUACGUCUGGGCCGAUGUUCGCAGGAGAAGUGCCGACUUUAGCAUUCGUGGUGCUGGCGCCGAGGCUCAGCAGGGCUUAACAGCUCGGUGGUCCGAGUUCUAUGGAUUGGGCCGCGACAAAUGGAAGGCCAGUGUGGCACGAAAUGUUGCUCUCAUGGACGCCGUCCUUGCUAAGGUCAACGAGGAAGAGCUUGCGGUUGAUAAAUUCGACGCAGCCAUUGCAGCAGCCACCGACGACGAUCCACUCUACGAUGUUGAAGUCUACACUCGGGACAACGGGGAGGCUUCUGGAUCAGGAGUACACCCUGCGACCAUCGCCAACAGACUGAUCAAGAUGCUAAAUGCCAGGGUCCCCGAAUACACACAGCAGUCAAAGGUCAUGGUACAGAAACAUGGCAAGCCGUCUCGCAUUGUCCGAUACUGGCUCCCCGUCACUGUAGGAAUUCUCUUGUCAAGCACCAUCCUCCGUUACCUUGUCAACCGGAAAGCGGAGAUCCUUACCUGGAUUCAAGAGUUCGGCCACACCAUUCGCGACUUUUGGAUCAACUGGUGUGUGGAGCCGACUCGCAAGGUCAUUCAGACGAUCCGCCAUGACAAAGACAGCGAGGUGUCGAUAAUGUCGAAAAGGUCUCUAGAGGGUGACAGGUCCAGCUUGGAACGCAUGGUUGUGGACUUUGCAGUGGACAACCCAGGCAAUGCGACAGAUACUGGUAGCCCGCUCACAGACGUCGAGAUUGCAAGCAUCAGAGCCAAGGUUCGCGAGGGUGACUUGACACCAGUGCUCAAAGCAUACGAGAAGGAUCUGUCCAGUCCCUUCAUGGGCACCAUCCGUGGAAACUUGAUCCGUGCAUUGUUGAUUCAAGUACAAAAGACCAAGGUUGACGUUGAAGUGGCCAUGGGCGGCAUUGAUGCAUUGCUCAAGAGUCAAGAACUGGUAUUUGGUUUCGUGGGUCUCACUCCCGGCAUUCUCGUGACGAUUGGAGUUUCACGCUGGCUUUCAUCUACACUGACUUCACGACGAGGGGCAGACGCAAGUCGCAAGCAAGGACACAUGAUGCGACAAUUGCGCAACAUUGACCGAGUGCUUACCAACUCGACGCCCACAGAAUUUGGAGAACUGUACUACAAGGAUCACGGACUAUUGUUGUGCGAGGUGCAUGUUUUGCGUGAGGCGGCGCACAGAGUGAUGCCUGCACAGAUAUUCAGGGACUUUGUCGAGGAUGUGGAGGAGUUGGUUGAUGUUCGAACAGGAGUCAAGAAGCAGAGGAAGGUGGUCAACAGGAUCCGCUGGGCUCGGGGUCGUGUUUCGGGACACUUGGCAGGCGCAGGCUGGUGCUCCAAGGCGGGACCCUCCAGUCUCCAGAACGUCAACGCGAAAGCCGCCGACGUCGUCCCCUUCUCUUUGUUGUCUGACACUCUCGGUCCUGCGACUCCCGACCCUGCAACCACGCCAAACACACACCGCCUUGCACCUACGCUGCUCAUCACCCACGACCGUCUUGUACACUCGCUGCCUGCCGAUAUACGACUGUCGCCCUCGCACCUCUCACUGCCAGCCGCUGCCGCUCUCUCCCACAUCCUGCCGUCGCCAUGGCAGGCCAAAACCGCAACUAUGACUUUCUCGUACGACCCCACCUCUGCCUUGGCCAUCCUCUCUCUAACACNNAUCAAGCUCCUUCUAAUCGGCGACUCGGGUGUUGGCAAGUCAUGCUGUCUGUUGCGAUUCAGCGAGGACAGCUUCACUCCGUCAUUCAUCACCACCAUCGGCAUAGACUUCAAGAUCCGCACCAUCGAGCUCGACAACAAGCGCGUCAAGCUACAAAUCUGGGAUACCGCCGGCCAGGAGCGUUUCCGCACCAUCACCACCGCCUACUACCGCGGCGCCAUGGGUAUCCUCCUGGUUUACGACGUGACGGACGAGAAGAGCUUCAAUAACAUCCGCACCUGGUUCUCCAACGUCGAACAACACGCUUCCGAAGGCGUCAACAAAAUCCUCAUCGGCAACAAGUGCGAUUGGGAAGAAAAGCGCGCCGUCAGCACCGCCCAAGGUCAAGCCCUGGCCGACGAGCUUAAGAUUCCCUUUAUCGAAGUAUCCGCAAAGUCAAACAUCAAUGUAGAAAAGGCCUUCUUCUCGCUCGCCUCGGAUAUCAAGAAACGCAUCAUCGAUAGCAGUGGCGGUGGUGCCCAAGGAGGUGCCCAGCAGGGUGCUAGUCAGGUUGAUGUGGGUCAAGGAGGUGGCGUUGCGGGUGCCAUGGGGAAGAAUUGCUGU